GUGGAAAGGACGGGGGGGAAAUCUCGCGAGAGUUGUGGUGUGCGGGCCUCUCCAAGAAGGUGUGCUUCAUGGCGGUUACGGAGACUGCGAAUUUGUUGAAUUGUUAAAGCUCCCCCCCCCAUCAGUCCUCUUCCCCUUGGGGGCUUUCCUGCCUCAGUCUGGUGGACCCAGCGAUUAGCGGGUUGCGUAGGGAGGUGAAGCUCUGACGAUGGAGAAUGGACAGGGCACAGGCUCCAAGCUUGGCCUUCCGCCUCUCACCCCAGAGCAGCAGGAGGCACUUCAGAGGGCUAAGAAGUAUGCCAUGGAACAAAGCAUUAAGAGUGUGUUGGUGAAGCAGACCAUCGCCCAUCAGCAGCAACAGCUCACCAACCUGCAGAUGGCAGCAGUGACAAUGGGCUUUGGAGAUCCUCUCUCACCUUUACAAUCGGUGGCAGCUCAGCGGCAACGUGCUCUAGCCAUCAUGUGCCGGGUGUAUGUGGGCUCCAUAUACUAUGAGCUUGGUGAGGACACCAUCAGACAGGCCUUUGCCCCCUUUGGUCCAAUCAAGAGCAUUGACAUGUCUUGGGAUUCAGUUACAAUGAAACACAAGGGGUUUGCCUUUGUGGAGUAUGAUGUGCCAGAGGCUGCUCAGCUGGCUCUGGAGCAGAUGAACUCAGUCAUGUUGGGGGGGCGAAACAUUAAGGUUGGGCGGCCAAGUAACAUCGGUCAGGCGCAACCCAUCAUUGACCAGCUGGCAGAGGAGGCGCGCGCCUUUAACCGGAUCUACGUGGCGUCCGUCCACCCUGACCUGUCAGACGAUGACAUCAAGAGUGUGUUUGAAGCCUUCGGAAGGAUCAAGUCUUGCACGUUAGCCAGAGACCCCACAACAGGGCGACACAGAGGCUUUGGCUUCAUUGAGUAUGAAAAGCCUCAGUCAGCCCUGGACGCUGUGUCUUCUAUGAACCUCUUUGACCUGGGGGGUCAGUACCUACGGGUGGGCAAAGCAGUGACUCCACCCAUGCCCCUACUGACCCCCACGACCCCUGGUGGUCUGCCGCCUGCUGCAGCUGUGGCUGCAGCGGCAGCCACCGCUAAGAUAACGGCCCAGGCAAGUAUGAAUCCCUUCCAAAGGGAUUUAAUGGCCUUCCAGGAGGCUGUAGCCGGCGCAUCAGUCCUGGGGGCGUUAGCUGCGCCCCAACUUCUCAGUCAGCAAAUGGGAAUACCUCAGGCUGUUAUGGCUGCCCAGGCACCAGGGGUCAUCACAGGUGUGUACCAAGACAUGAGUGUGACUCCAGUUCGUCCUCCCAUACCAGUGCUUCCCCAGGUUGGUCUUGUGAACCCUGUGCUCGCAUCACCGCCAGUCCUGUCUAAUCAGGCCGGUGGCUCCAACCAACAAGAGAGGAAAGAAGAGAAAGAGGAGAUGCUGCAGGAUGGUACAGGGCAGGAGAUGUUGAGUGACCAAGAGCACAUGAGCAUCUCAGGCAGCAGUGCCAGACAUAUGGUGAUGCAGAAACUGCUUAGAAAAUCGGAGUCCACGGUGAUGGUGCUUCGAAAUAUGGUUGGACCAGAGGACAUUGACGACGACCUGGAGGGUGAGGUGACAGAAGAGUGCGGGAAGUUCGGUUCGGUCAACAGAGUCAUCAUCUACCAGGAAAAGCAAGGAGAAGAGGAGGAUGCAGAUAUCAUUGUCAAAAUCUUUGUAGAGUUUUCCAUGGCCUCAGAGAUGAACAAAGCCAUCCAGGCCCUCAAUGACCGCUGGUUCGGAGGUCGCAAAGUAGUUGCAGAGGUGUACGACCAAGACCGUUUCAACAGCAGUGAUCUCUCUGCAUAAAGUGUCUGAAAUGGUUCACCAGCACCAAACCCCCAACCCCCCCCAUACCUGUCGCCCAAAUUAUUUCAGCCACAGUCACUGCAGCAAAUGCGGGCCUCUGAAACUUGUAAUUAUGUUUUUAUUUUCUUUUUUUUUUUUUAAAUCACUGUUGAUAUUAAUGUUAAACGCCCCAUUGGGGGAGUCAUUAAAGAUAUUUACGUGUCAGAUUUUGCUUUGUGACCUGUGAAGACUCCUUUUUUGGUGCAAGUUUCAAAUUUUUGUAAUCCGACCUUGUAAAACGUUUAGAUUUUCUUGCUUUAGCUCCUUUUUUCUUUCAUGAAUUUGCCGGGGACAUUGUAAACACUCGUUUUUUUCUUUUUUUUCUUUCUACAAUAAAAUUAUUAUUGUUUGUCCACAAAAAAGUGUGAUGCAAUUUUUUUUUUAUGAGUUGGUUGUGAAUGAAUAAUCCUUUAAUUUUGAUGUAUCUGUAAAUACUUGUGUUCUGGUUGAAGAACAGCCUUUGAUUCAUAAGUAAAAACAUGCAACAGAA